ACCCCUCUCAUUCGAGUCUUCGAGCUGUCAAACCCACCCUCUCUUAUCUAAUAUACAGCAAAUUCAAGUUUGGAAUUGUCACACACACACACACACAUUCUCUCUCUCACACACACAGCCAGAUUUUUGAAGUUGGUAAGUUUAUAAAAUAUUACAACUACAACUAUAAACCGCAACACCCACGACAAAUCAAGCAGAAAAAAUCGUUUCUUUUCUUGAUUUGCAUCAUUAUAUAUAUAUAUAUAUCUUUCAGAGAAAGAUUUCUGGAGAUCGAUGAACGACAAAGAACAGUAGUUGUUUGCAUGAGAUUAAUCACAGAAGAGCUUAUAAUUAAGUGUUUGUUGUUGUUGUUGUUGUUGUUGUUGUUGUUGGUGAUUAAUGGCGUAUGGGCAGCAUUAUCGAUCGCCGUUCGGAGACACCACUUUGAGAAAGGUGUUCGUCGGAGGGCUUGCAUGGGAGACGCCGGUCGGAGUAAUGCGUACGUAUUUCGAGCAGUUUGGUCACAUUCUUGAAGCUGUUAUCAUCACCGAUGGAAAGUCUAAGGGAUAUGGAUUUGUGACAUAUGAGGAUGCUGAAUCCGCAAAAAGAGCUUGUGAUGAUCCAAAUCCUGUGAUUGAUGGAAGAAAAGCUAAUUGUAAUAUUGCAUCUCAUGGAAGAAAUCAAGGGAGUAGUACUACAAUGACAUAUAGCGGAGCUGGAUCACCGGUGGCUCCUCUGCUGCCGCCACAACCACCAUCAUCCGUCGUGUAUCCGCCUUAUGGGUAUGCAGCUUACUCUCCAGAAUAUGCUUAUCACCAGGCAAUGUACAACUCGGCAAUGCAGCAUGCAUACUAUGGGCCCACAUCCGCACCGUAUUACUAUGGGCAGUCCCCCACUCAAUUAGCUUCACCAAGGGGAGCAUUAACACCCCAGGCGCAACGUCUUCAGCAGCCAUCGUAUAUGUACUAUCCUACGCCGCCAAUGGGUCAAGUCGACUAUCCUACGCCACCACCUCCUGUCCUAGUCCUCCCACCAAAGCAACCCGUCCCCUCUCCAUCUCCUAUUACCGGUUCAGAGACUCCACGAAAUACUACAGAAGAAACCGAUGAUGCUACAAUAUCUCCAAGGACUCCAAACACUUAAAACGUAGAAGCCGAUGAACUUUAUAGUGGUUGAAUUUUUCAACCAUUUUUUAUCUUGUUUUUUUUUUCUUUAAUUGAAAACUAACCAUUGUUUAUUUGAAGGUACAAAAAAUGCAGUAUGUUGCAAGAAUAAGUAAAGGAAUUUGAAAUGUAAAUGCAAAAAAAAAAGUUGUCUCA